GAGAAGCAGCAAAGAAAAUACAUUUUCGGAAAGGCAACACUCUGAAAGAAAAAAAACAAACUUUGGAUCCAAACCAUUUGGUUUCUCGGCACAAGCAUCUGCUUCUCAAAGAAUAUCCACGCUUCAUCAUUCCCAUGGAGUAUGAUUGUUUCUAGAAAAAGCCAACUUUUCAGUCCUGCGCUAAAAAUACGAAAGUGUCUUCCUCCUUAAAGGAUUGUUUUCUGACUACUGAAAAAAAAAGCAGGAGUAAAAAUUCAGCAGAAAAUAUCAAGAUGAUCGACCUAAGAAGCUUACCUUUAAAAAUGUGUUUUUUAGUAUUCUUGGGAGCAGGGGACACAUGCAUGCAAAUGGCACAGAGCUGUCAUUAAAAUCAACGGUGGAUCUGUCCUGCUGGCUAAACAAGAGCUCCUACCGUAGGCAUUGUGUCAUUGUCUUGUCACAAAACCACUCCAUUAUCAGUAGCAGCAGCUCUCCAGAUUCUUCAAUCAGGACCCAGGUUCUAUUGAAUACUUUUGGGAGGCAGAUGUUUGAAUGCCGUUGCAAACAGCCGAGGCCACUGAACAUAUGCGGAAUUUAUGUUUUUGUUGGAAUUGCACCAGAUCAACCAAAAAAUGUAUCAUGUGCCCAGUAUGGAAAAUAUGGACCCACCAUUUGUUCUUGGGAUAAAGGAUAUUAUACCUAUCUGUUGACUUCCUAUACACUAUGGAUAACAAAUGAAACCUCCAAUAGAACAGUCUUGGGAGAAAAAAAUAGCACUAUAGUUCAUCUCGGGAAAAAGCUGGACUUUGAAACUACUUAUACAGUUGUGGUCGAAGCCACAAAUAAACUUGGGAGCAGUUCAUCUGAACCAAUACAGUUCACAUUAAUAGACAUUGUGAAGCCUCACCCUCCUGUGAACCUCUCAGUAAGCUGUGAUGCCUUUGCUCCCCAAAAUUGUACCAUCUUAUGGCAAGAUCAGCAAGAAACACAGUGCUUUAGAGUGAGAUACCAACCAAUCCACAGUAAUUCCUGGAUUACGCUUGAAAAUCUAAAUGCUAUAAGAUACGAUCUUCAUGACCUGCAGCCAAAGAUAAAAUACGAAUUCCAAGUUUCCUGCAGGCUUCUUCUGGAAAGGGGUUUAUGGAGCGACUGGAGCCCAGCAUUUCUAACAGAAGCAGUGCCGUUUGAACCUGUUGAUGUCUGGUAUUUAAAGAAGGAGACCGUUUCAAAAAUGCAGAACAUCACUCUCUUCUGGAAGUCAGUAAAUGUAUCAGGAACAAUAAGCCGAAACUUCCAUUAUCAAGUGAUAUUUCUAAACCUCAACCAAAUGCCACCUAGAACUGCAGAAAUGAGUGUGACCACCCACACUGUUUUCUCGCACAUCUCUCUUAAGGCAGAUUAUAACAUAACACUUAAUUCGAAGAAUUCACGGGGAAUCUCCCCGUCUGUCUACAUAACCACAAAAUUGGGAAUUUCAGAACUGCUACCACCUAACCGGGUCUCCGCCACAUCCAUGGACAAUGAGAGAAUAAUUGUUAAAUGGGAAGAACCUUCAGCACCUUCCUCUUCCAUCAAUGGAUACAUAGUUGAAUGGGUAGAGAUCCCUCAAGACUAUCACAGGAACCCCUCCCCGACAUGGUUUAAAAUUCCUGUUUCUAAUUGCACAGUGAUCAAAGAGAAUUUAAAGCCCAACAUAUGCUACCACAUCAGUGUGUUUGCACUCUAUCAGGACAGAGCAGGAAAAGCAGCUACGACCACAGAAAAUACCUCAGCAAAAGGUAAAAAUAUCUGGUUUAAAUAUCUGAUUUCCUUUGUAGCUCCAUUAACGGGACCUCAGAUUGUGAAUGUAACUAUGGAAGAUGGGAGCAUUUUGGUCUCCUGGAGAGACGUUCCAGAACAUCAGAGGAUGGGGUGUAUCAUUAAUUAUAAGAUUUAUUUGCAGAAACAAUUCUCUUCUGUACCCCCAGAUGUCCACGAGAUCUCUAAACCAGCCCCACAGCCCUUUUAUAUAAAAAACAUAGAGGCUGGUGGUUCCUAUGUUAUUUGGAUGACGGCUUCUACGAAUGCUGGAGAAAGCCCGAAAGGGAACGAAGAGCUGAUCUACAUAAAAACAGGUGGAUUUAUACAUGCUUCUCACUGGGUUCCAAUUGUAGCCAAUUUCCUUAUUAUUGGACUUUCUGUCUUCUUAUGCUAUAUACCAGCUGUUCGGCAAAAGAUUUUCUCUCCCUUUUCUGCUCUGGUAUUUGGUUGGUAUCCAGAUCCAGCCAACUCUACGUGGGCAAAAGAAUUCACAUCUACAAAGGAUGAAUCGAGGUCCAAUUCUACAGAGUUUUUAAGCCAGCCAGUCAGAUCUGAAGACCCUGAAACUCUACAAAUAAAGGAAGUCUUAAUUGAAAGACAUGGCUUUGCUUUUAUGGAUGGGCACAUAUACAAAAAUACCAAGACAGAAGCACUAUCUAUGAGAACUAACAACUGCAAUUCUUUGACUACCAAUAUAACAGAUAGUACUGGGAACUAUCAGUUGCCAUCUUUGUACAAAAAACUUCUACCUGAAGAUCCAAAUGAAAGCCAAAUAUUUUCUGAGUGCUUAGUUAAUCCACUCGAGAAUGCCACAGUAGAUUACCUGCCAACCACCACACCUGCCAUUAUGACUUCUGAGGAAGACAGCUUUGGAUCUGAACUCAGUUCAUUGCCUAUUUUCCCUAUAACUUCUUUUCGAAGAAAUUCAGGUUUUUUGGGUGGAAAACUUACUCUGGAUGCUAUAAAAAUGGACUGUAGUUCUUUCACAGAGAACCCUUUUUUAAGAGCAGAGGUAUAGGGAAUGUUGCUCUUAAGCAUUAAAACUACCUGUACUCUGUGAGGGGGUGCUAUUCUCGUGAUACUGUAGAGGGCUCCCAAAUGCUUCUCAUGGGAAUUAGAUUUUUUUAUUUUUACGAGACGAAAGAUAAGCAAUUUCAUUAUUUCAAAAACUGGACACUAGAGGGGAUUACGUUUUUAAGUAGAGGAAAGAUUUACAAGCCGGU